AUGUUAGGUCAUAUUCCUCCUGUAACAAAGGCUUACUUAACUAUAGCAACAAUAGUAAUGGUCCUAUGUACAUUAGAUAUAUUGUCUCCAUUUAAUUUAUAUUUAAAUUGGUUAUUAAUUACACGUGAAUAUCAAUUUUGGAGACUAAUUACAUGUUUCUUCUUCUUUGGGAAUUUUGGCUUGCAUUUUUUUUGGAAUGCUUAUGUAUUAAUAUUUUAUUGCUCAUCUCUGGAAGAAGUUGUAUUUCAUAGUAGAUCUGCAGAUUUUCUUUGGAUGUUAUUAACCUGUUCUUGUAUGCUUUUGUUACUUUCUUAUUUUUUUGGAGCAGGAUAUUUCUUUAGUGGAGCUAUUAUUAAUGUAAUGACAUAUAUAUGGGGUCGUAGAAAUCCAUCUACAAGAAUGUCAGUAUUUUUCUUUACAGUUAAAGCACCAUAUUUACCUUGGGUUCUAAUGGGAACAGCCUUAUUAAUUGGUUGGAGACCAUGGGAUAAUUUAAUGGGUAUUAUUGUUGGGCAUACAUAUUAUUUUUUUGAAGAUAUAUUUCCAUUUAUGCCUAUUUCAAAAGGUUUCAAAUUACUUAAAACUCCAAAAAUAUUAUGUAAAUUAUUUAAACAAAGAACUGAUGAAUAUAAUAGGCAAAUAUAUUGA